UGUUGCGUUGUUGCCUGUGAGCUGAGUAGUGACCUACAGACAGUACUGCAGCCAGGACAAGGAUUAAUAAUACCACAUUGUCUGUAAAGAAAAAUAGUCUUGAACCAUAUUUAGACAAUAAUUUGCCUUAAAUAAGCCUUAAUUUCCUUAACAGACAGCAUUUUUUUACCGCCGUUUCAAUGGAAAUAUCGUUUUGAUGAGUUUUCACUCAUGAGCGGCUGUGACAGUAACGUUAUAGCUAACUUAACUAACGUUAACUUAAGCUAGAUAACGUUAGCCUGUUGUAAAAUCAAAUUGUCAAAUUAUUUGUUGCUGCUUUUUUCGUGGCCGUGGGGAGUUGAAUCCAAAACGCAUGGUGCUGUGAUAUAUCCUGUUUUACUAAAAACUGUAGGGAUAGUGGACAGACGUCACACUCUGUGAUGGAUAAUGCCCAUACUAAGACGGUGGAGGAGGUUUUGGGCUUCUUCAGUGUAAAUGAGUCUACAGGUCUGAGCUGUGAGCAGCUGAAGAAGAACAGGGAGAGAUGGGGACCCAACGAAUUGCCAGCUGAAGAAGGGAAGUCACUUUGGGAGCUGGUCCUGGAACAGUUUGAGGAUCUGUUGGUUCGAAUCUUGCUGCUGGCUGCGUGCAUCUCCUUUACCCUGGCUUGGUUCGAAGAAGGAGAGGGAACAAUCACAGCCUUUGUUGAACCCUUCGUCAUCCUCCUCAUUCUCAUCGCCAAUGCUAUUGUGGGAGUAUGGCAGGAGCGUAACGCAGAGAAUGCAAUUGAGGCUCUGAAGGAGUACGAGCCAGAGAUGGGCAAGGUGUACCGACAGGACAAGAAGAGCGUUCAGAGAGUCCGAGCCCGAGACAUCGUUCCUGGAGACAUUGUGGAAGUUGCUGUUGGUGAUAAGGUCCCAGCUGACAUCAGGCUUACGUCCAUCCGUUCCACCACUCUGAGAGUGGACCAGUCCAUUCUGACGGGGGAGUCCGUGUCGGUGCUCAAACACACAGACCCUGUACCAGAUCCCCGAGCUGUCAACCAGGACAAGAAGAACAUGCUCUUCUCUGGUACCAACAUAGCAGCGGGCCGUGCCAUUGGGAUUGUCGUGGCAACAGGAGUGCAGACAGAGAUUGGGAAAAUCCGAGAUGAGAUGGCCUCCACUGACCCCGAGAGGACCCCACUACAACAGAAACUAGACCAGUUUGGAGAACAGCUUUCUAAGGUCAUCAGUGUGAUCUGUGUGGCAGUGUGGGCCAUCAAUGUGGGACACUUUAAUGACCCGGUCCAUGGAGGCAGCUGGCUGCGAGGAGCUGUUUACUAUUUCAAGAUUGCUGUUGCACUGGCUGUAGCUGCCAUACCAGAAGGCCUACCAGCAGUCAUCACCACCUGCCUGGCACUGGGCACCAGGAGGAUGGCCAGGAAGAACGCCAUUGUCCGCAGCCUGCCAUCAGUGGAGACGCUGGGUUGCACCUCUGUUAUCUGCUCUGACAAGACAGGAACUCUGACCACCAACCAGAUGUCAGUCUGCAGGAUGUUUGUAGCAGACAGUGUGUCAGGGGAGAGCUGCAGCCUGAGUGACUUCACAGUGACUGGAUCUACUUACGCCCCUGAAGGGGAAGUUUAUAAGGAUGGCUCAGUGGUGAAGUCCAGUCAGUACGAAGGCCUGGUGGAGAUGGCCUCCAUCUGUGCCCUGUGCAAUGACUCAUCACUGGACUACAACGAGGCAAAAGGUGUGUAUGAGAAGGUUGGGGAAGCAACAGAGACUGCCCUUUGCUGUCUGGUGGAGAAAAUGAACGUGUUCGACACUGACCUGAGAGGAUUGAGCCCUGUUGAGAGAGCUACAGCGUGCUGCUCCGUGAUUAAGCAGCUGAUGAGGAAGGAGCUGACCCUGGAGUUUUCCAGAGACAGGAAGUCCAUGUCUGUCUUCUGUUCAUCCAGUAAACUCACCAGGUCUGCCUCUGGAGCCAAGAUGUUUGUCAAGGGAGCUCCAGAGAGCGUGUUGGAGCGUUGUAAUUAUAUCCGGGUCAGCGGUUCUACUCGUGUGCCUUUGAGCCCAGCGGUCCGAGAGCAGCUCCUGUCCACUGUGCGGGAAUGGGGAUCGGGCCGAGACAUGCUGCGUUGCCUCGCCAUGGCAACCAGGGACACGCCCCCUGACAUCCAUGGCCUCAACCUAGAGAACUGCGCUAAGUUCGCUGACUAUGAGUCGGACCUGACCUUUGUGGGCUGUGUGGGCAUGUUGGACCCCCCCAGGAAAGAAGUGCUAAGCGCAGUCCGAAUGUGUCGGCAGGCUGGCAUAAGAGUCAUCAUGAUCACAGGUGACAACAAAGGGACAGCCCUGUCUAUCUGUCGGAGGGUGGGCAUCAUCACGGAGCAGGAAGAGGAGCAUGAGAGCACAGGGGCCAUCGGGGGCCUGACAGGGCGGGAGUUUGAUGAGCUGCCCCCUCACCUGCAGCGCGAGGCCUGCAGGACGUGCCGGUGCUUUGCCCGGGUGGAACCGACACACAAGAGUCGUAUAGUGGAGUACCUGCAGAGCCUGGAUGACAUCACUGCCAUGACAGGUGACGGGGUAAACGACGCGCCUGCAUUGAAGAAGGCGGAGAUCGGCAUUGCUAUGGGCAGCGGCACAGCGGUGGCCAAGUCAGCCUCUGAGAUGAUCCUGGCUGAUGACAACUUCUCCACCAUUGUGGCUGCAGUGGAGGAGGGCAGAGCCAUUUACAACAACAUGAAACAGUUCAUCAGAUACCUGAUAUCAUCCAACAUAGGAGAGGUGGUCUGUAUUUUCCUGACAGCUGCACUGGGCAUGCCUGAAGCGCUGAUCCCAGUCCAGCUGCUAUGGGUCAACCUUGUCACCGAUGGUUUCCCAGCAACAGCUCUGGGCUUCAACCCUCCAGACCUGGACAUCAUGUCCCGCCCUCCCCGCUCCUCCAAAGAGCCUCUGAUCUCCAGCUGGCUGUUCUGUCGCUACCUCAUCAUCGGAUGUUAUGUGGGAGCUGCUACUGUCGGAGCUGCUGCCUGGUGGUUCAUGGCAGCCCACGACGGACCCAAACUUACCUUUUAUCAACUGUCCCACUACCUGCAGUGCAGUGAAGGCCACGCUGAGUUUGCUGGUGUCCAGUGUUCAGUCUUUGAGUCUCCUUACCCCAUGACUAUGGCUCUGUCUGUCCUGGUUACCAUAGAAAUGUGCAACGCCUUGAACAGUCUUUCAGAGAACCAGUCCCUGCUGAAAAUGCCUCCCUGGUCAAACCCCUGGCUGGUCGGGGCCAUCUGUCUGUCCAUGGCUCUACACUUCCUCAUUCUAUAUGUCGACCCACUGCCGGUGAUUUUCCAGAUACGCCCUCUGUCGUGGCCUCAGUGGGUGGUGGUGCUGAAGAUGUCACUUCCUGUCAUCUUUAUGGACGAGGCUCUCAAGUUCCUGGCCCGCAACUACAUUGAGCCAGGAAGCCAGAUGCAGACACUGGAAGAGGAAGAGGAGCAGCAGAGGACGGGGGCUAGCAGGGGAUUGGUCAGUCAAUCACUGAAGGGCGUGUCCUGGUCCUUUGUCCUGAUCUCUGCACCACUGGUGAUCUGGAUCUUCAGCCUGGACUCUGACAUCACCAACAUCUUCUGGGAGUGAUGGGAAA